AUGUACGCCAGCUUGUCGUCGAUCCUGUCCGUUUUCAUCCUCGUCGCACUGGUCUCGGCGAGAAGUAUUGCGUACUCAAAGGCGAAAGGAAGCCUGCAGAUAGCAGGGACCGCGGAGUUUGAGCCCGAAAAGGGACAGGUUGAGGAACGCGGAGGCUGCUACGCAGAUGACUGCACAGUACCGUGGUGA